ACGUCGGGGAGCGAAACUACGGGAUACCCAUCGCUGAAGACAAAAUGUUUUGAAGCUUAAUUUUGCUAAAAUCCACACAUAAUAGACCGAUAAGAAGCAAAUAAAGACAGUGAGUGUGUUGAAAAAUAGUAAAGCUGAACCAUGGCUGGUCUGGACAGAGUUGGAAUCGAUGGCUGUGAUGCUCUCAGAGAGGCUCUAACCAACUGCACCGAUCCCCUCACUGCCAUUGAAGAAUUUCAACUUACUAAUGGAAUUCUGUUGCCAUCAUUACAACCAGCACUCCCCUUUCUCGAUCUCCAUGGCGUCAGACGGAUGGAGUUCCAUCUCUCCGUUGUUGAGGAACUGAGGGAGAAACUUCUGUCAAAGAUUUCUGAACUAGCUGCGAGCAAUGAUGAAUCAAAAUUACAGAAACUUAAUGACCUGUUGGAGAAAUCCUUUCCAGUCAUAACAAACACAGAGCUCCGGCCGAUUGUUAUGGGCCUCAUGACCCAGAUACCUGACAUUAAGGAAGAAUAUUUGAACCUUAUCUUGGAAGAGAAAGAGCUCUAUGAGGAAAGUUCCGUUGAAGUGAAGCGCCAAAUCUGGCAGGACAAUCAGUCGUUGUUUGGAGAAGAAGUGUCUCCCCUGUUAAGUCAGUAUAUAACAGAGAAGGAGGACUUGUUAUUGAAUCAUGUUUUUGCUGCACAAUCGUUUUUCACAAUAUCACCAAAGGCAAGACGACAGAGUGAGGUUGUUCAAAAACUUGUCGUUAUGGUCGGAAAAAAUCUCAAGUUGUACGAAAUGUUGUUAAAUUUUUUGCGGACUUUGUUCCUGCGGACACGGAAUGCACAUUACUGCACGCUGCGAGCAGAGCUCCUGAUGGCGUUGCACGAUAUGGACAUCCAUGAGAUAUGUUCGAUUGAUCCGUGUCAUAAGUUCACCUGGUGCUUGGAUGCUUGUAUCCGUGAGAAAUAUAUCGACUCGAAGCGGGCAAGAGAGCUCCAAGGAUUCCUCGAUUGUAUCAAGAAAGGACAAGAACCAGUCUUAGGCCACCUGUCCAUGAUCCUGGCCGAUCCCUACGCCAUGAACACAAUCUGCCAGUCGUUGAUGAAGGCCAUUCAGCAUUGCCUGAACAAUGAACAGAUGCCUCGUGACAACAACGACCUACUCCUUUUCUUGCGCAUGUUAGCGCUCGGAUUGAAUGCCUGGGAUCUAAUUGACAGUCAGGUGUUCAAAGAACCAAAACUGGACAGUCACCUCAUUAUCCGUUUUAUCCCCUGCAUCAUGUCAUUCAUGGUCGACGACCUCAUCACUGGUAUCAUUGCGAAGAUGCCUGAUGAACCCGUCCCUCUCCUCACAAACGUCUCUGACUUCUACAAGCUCUACAUCCGCAUGAAUCCACUCGCGAGUAUCAUCGCUAUGUGUCAUACCCUCCAUGCUGCCAAGGUGCGCAGUAAGAUGGCGCUGUGUCGAGUCCUGCAGAGUAUGUUACGGUGUGAGAACGAUCGCGCCCUGGAUGACGUCUUCCUGCACACCGUGGUUGGCUACAUAAUUGGAAUGGUGGACGAGUUCUCAAGUGAGGACUUCUGCAUUUGUAUCUUUGAUGACUUUUUUAUGCCCUCGAUAUCCAAGGAGAAUGUGAUGCGUCACCUAUUGAGGUUACUGUACCAUGUCUAUCAUAAGAUGCCGAGGAAACGCCUUGAAAAUCUCAUGACCAUCAUAGAACCAGGAAGUGAGCAUGGCGAAGGCGUUCACACUGUUUAUAAGGCCGUACAAAACAAGAUUGCCACAUUUCAACCAAGUCCUGAACCCAGCCCAGAACACGUCGACUCACCCCUCAUGAGUGUACCAGCACCAACCCCAAGACCUUAUUGAACAUUGUACAUUGGUAUCAAGUGACGUCGCUAUGUGGGGACACUCCUUCUAUUCCAGGGAGCACUGAACACAGUCUUCCAUUAAGCUCUGCUUGAGCGUACCUAAGUUCUGACAUUGGCUGAGGAGAGGUACCAUCAUCCUGGCAGGAAGUUCUGCUCAAUUAUUCUUGAGUUUCAUUUGUAGCCAUGUUGAAGUGUUGUUAAAAGUACACUGAAUGCAUUUCAA